UUAUAAAAAAUAACCAAAAAAUCUAAGUAAAGACUAAAAAAACAAUGAACGGUGACGUACUACCGGAGUCCCCGCGGUCUCCCCAACCGGCGCUAUGGGAGCGGCUGGGCUGCGCACGCGGCGUCUGCGCGCGGCUGUGCAGGCGACGCGGACGCAGAGUUGCGCCUACACAUAACGGAAAUAAUGGUAACAGAAGUCGUGAAUCCCGCCGCCGUAUCAACCACCCUCCCUCAGCGCUAUACAGCGUGGUUGGCGAGAAGCUGCGCGUGGGCACGCCGCGAGCGAUCCAAUGCGCGCUCUUCUGUGGCGGGCCAAGAUGUCGGUACGAGGUGCCGCAGCCCGGGACUGCUAUACAAGGACUCUAUUCUGAUUGGGUCACCGACGACAUUCUGGCGAUGGCACGGCCCAGCACCGCCAACAUCGCAGCCAGGAAUAUUAUACAACAGUUUCACAGCUGGGGUAUUCGCACAGUAAUCAACCUGCAGACCCCAGGGGAGCACGCCAGCUGUGGACCCCCUCUUACAAAGUCCGGCUUUACUUACGACCCAACUAUCUUCAUGGCUAAUGAUAUAUACUACUAUAACUUCGCGUGGCCAGAUUACGCGGAGGCGAGCUUGAGCGGUCUACUGAAUAUGGCCAAAGUCCUCUCCUUCGCACUUCAGGAAGGCCGAGUGGCUAUCCAUUGUCACGCAGGUCUAGGCCGGACAGGUGUCCUGAUAGCCUGCUACCUAGUCUACUCUCUCCGCAUCAGAGCCAAUGAUGCCAUCCGCCUAGUCCGCAAGAAGAGACCUAAGUCAGUGCAGACAUCUGGCCAGAUCCUGUGUGUCCAGCAGUUUGAGCACUACAUGCUGCCGCAGACCAUUGUGUUCAGUUCCAAAGAAACCCUAAACUUGACAAAAGACAAGAAGACAUCAGAGUUCACGCUGAAACAGUAUCUGUACCGACAGCGGGCCACUUUACAUGGCCUCGAGGAGAGAGCUUUUAGGGAACUGCCAAAGAUAGUAUACUGCCUCUGCGAGCGUCUCCUGAAGCUGUGUGGGUGUCACCAGAGCGUGGGCAUGGACUUCCGUAUCAAGAACAAACCUUUCUAUAAAUCCUUCAUGGUGUACAAGCUUCGGAAGACGAAGCCACCAGACCCCACCACUCCGGAGGAAGCCGCCACUGAACUUGACCAAGUAACAGCUCUACCAAUGGUGGAAUGGCGAGACCCAGUGGAAGAGGAUAUCGAGAGGAACCUGGAGUCGGUCAGCAGGAUCACUGGCACUGCCAACAAUGGCAGCAUACCGGCUCUGCAGAUACAUGAGGCGUUCACAGUAGACCACCAUAGUCUUCCAGACGAGAGGCAGAAGUAUUUGAAGCAGCUGAGGAACGAUAUCAACCAGCAGAGGGAUGCGUUUGAUAAGAUCAACGUUGAGGAGGAUCCUACAAUCCUGACGGGUCUACUGUUCGAGUGGCUGGAGGGCCUGAAGCAGCCAGUACUGGACCGAGAGGACCUCUCCCUCAUCGUGGGGAGAGCAUACAACGUGGAGUCCUGUGCUCUAGCGUUGACAAUGGAGGAUAUAAUGCUAAUCGAGUAUCUGCUCCGCUUCGUGACCCGUCUCCGGCCGCUCGCUGCCAACAAGAAGGUGGACAUCCUCAAACGUCUGCUCGCCUCGCUCACGCACCAGACUGUCAGUGUCAAUGGACGAUGUCUUCCUACACGAAAGGACUUCCAAAGACUGCGAGACGGCACUUGCAGCCAGGUGAUCAACUUCAUGCUGCGAAUGAUCAUGGAACUGCAGAAAGACAUGGUGAAGCCGGGCAGGGACGACGCCGACGUGGUCGUACCUCAGCGGCCUCAGCGGUUCAGAAUAAAAGCUUGGAAAUAAA